AUGGACUUGUCCGGUGGGAUUCGGAAGCCUGUUAUCUUCACGGCAGUCCGGAAGCGGCCUUUCGGUCUCUCGCCCCGGCAAACGGCGCCGUUGCAGAAGUAUCAGAUUGUGGAGAAGAUGCUAGAGCCUUGGACAUCGACACUUAUUGAUCUAUACUUCCAAAAAGUCAACAUCUGCUUUCCGCUUCUAGAUGAAGUGUCCUUCAAGCACCAGUUUCAAACCGCUAGAGACAGGAUAUCACCGGCCUUGUUGCUAAGUCUGGCUUACGGCACACCGCCUCAAAUCAAACGCUUCCAGUAUGAUGUUCCAGAUCCCACACUGGAGUUUCUCACAAGCAAAGAUGCAAGUGAUGCGCAGAACGGAGCUGCGUCAGUUUUCAUAGCUCUUGUUACCCUGACAGGCGUCCUCGACAAGUACCUCGAGUUCGUGUACGAUCUUAACCAGGACCGUGACCAAGAUAACGGCCAGACCUCUCUCGGACUAGAACUCAGUCUCGGCCAAUGGGAAGAUUCUCUGAGCGACGACGUGAGACGGAUCAUCACCCGCGGCAACAACCUACACAUCCCCGGCGCGGCAAACCUGCGGCUAGCUUAUCUGUCGACCAAGCUUCUCCGCAGAAGAAUUGAGCUCGACAUUGAGAAGCAAGAGGAUGCAGCCCUCGGCGACGCACUAACGAACCGGUACAUCCAGGUUCGCCGGGCUGUCGAGGAGAUCGUUCUUCUCGUCCAGGAGUUGGAAGAGAUCCACCUCAGCGACUUUUGGUUGCCCGUCAGCGCGUUCGCGUUCACGUCGGCGAUCACGUUCCUACUGCGAUGCGCACUAGAAACAGAAAACACGGCGGCCGGUCUGGCUCAAAGUGCGUCUUUGAGGCUGGCGAAUAAUCUGAUUGAUUCAUUGCAGUCGCACCAGCAGAAGUCUGGUUGGGACCUUGGAGAUCUCUGCUUAGCGCAGUACGCCGAAGUUGUAGAGAAGUUGAUGACGGCGGACAGUCCCUCAGCGACUGUGCCUGAGUUUCAACAGUUGAUGAUGUCGUCAGAGGUUCCGAUUAUUGAUGAGCUUUUCCCGAACUUGUGGGAUAUGUUUUGA